UUGGUUAACGAAUUCUUUGAGCUUCGCGUUGAUUCUGUUACGGCUACGAUGAGUCAAUUCAUAUAACGACUUAUGAAACACCUUGUAUAUUAACAAUACUAUCAUGGAUUCAACAAUAUGGCACUGAGUGAUUACCUUCGCAAUUGACUAUAUAUUUCAUUACUACGGUUAUAUGUUGUUGAUAUUUACGUAUUGAUACAACAAACGUACACUAAGGGAGGAGAAAAUGAUAUAUGUGUAGUGUACAUAUUAAUGAGUUCACAGUUCAUUAAGUAAGCGGAGCGGUUGGAUUGAGCAAUUCUAACCUUACUCCAGAAAUUUCACCUCUGGAUUUCACGCGUGUUUCUGUUGCUUAUAUCGGAAUAUAAAAUAGUACAGCCAUAAUGAAUGUCAAUCCACGAGUAUUUUUUGACAUAGAAGUGGGCGGUCUCCCAAUGGGUAGAAUAGUGUUUGAAUUGUUUGCUGAUAUGUGUCCUGUAACAUGUGAAAAUUUUCGUGCUUUAUGUACUGGAGAAAAAGGACUUGGAAAAACAACUAAUAAACCAUUGAAUUAUAAAGGAAUUGUUUUUCAUAGAGUAGUAAAGGAUUUUAUGAUUCAGGGCGGUGAUUUUUCAGUAGGUAAUGGAACAGGUGGUGAAUCAAUUUAUGGUGGAACAUUUGCAGAUGAAAAUUUUAUUAUAAAACAUAAUAAAUCAUUUCUGCUAUCAAUGGCGAAUCGUGGCAGAGAUACAAACGGUUCACAAUUUUUUAUUACAACACAACCAGCGCCUCACCUCGACAAUGUCCAUGUGGUUUUUGGAGAAGUAGUAUCUGGCCAGGAAAUUGUUUCACAUAUUGAGGGACUUCCAGUAGACCGUAUGUCCCGUCCACUACAAGAUGCUAAGGUUGUAAAUUGUGGAGAGCUUGUGUUAAAGGUCAAAAGUAAAGCAAAGAAACGCGAAACAAAAGAGAGUAGUUCGUCAGGCUCAGACUCAGAUUCUUACGCAGAAAAGUCGAAAAAGAAGAAAAAAGCCAAGAAAAAUAAAAAAAGGGCGAAGUCAGAAGACGGCGAAAUACACGAUUCAAAUGAAGAUGAUCUUGGAAAACCUCAUCCACUUGUAUCAGUAACGAAAAUUGAUCCAGAUGAAAUACCGGAAGUUCCAGCGAAUAAAUUUUUGUACAGAGCAGGGCCUACUAAUAAUGCAAAUCAAAAAGAAUUUAGACAACACUAUGGAAGGGAUCGGGUACGAUCACAUAGAAAAACUGGUCGUGUAUUUAAAGGAAGAGGAAUAUUUCGAUAUCAUACACCCUCACGUAGCCGUUCGAGAAGCGUCACACCACCUCAUUGGAAACAGGCUCAGAAUCGUACAAUUAAAUUACAUGAAUUUCAGAAAUUAGAAAAGGAACGUUUAAAGAAAGAAGAGGAAACCAAGAAGCGUGAAGCAGAUAGAAUUAAAAAGUUCACAGAGAAUCCGGACGAAGAUAAUCAAAUAAUAGACAAGUUUGAUACUGAUGCACGGGUAUCUGAAGAGCUUGAGAACAAAGAAAACGAUCAGUUAGAAGAAAAGACGGUCGACAAUAAAAACAUGGAACAGGAUCCUGAUAACUUGAACACCAAUUCUGAUGUAAAUGAUUCGAUGAUAAAGGAUAAAACAGAUGGAAAACAUAAAAAUGAAAAGUCAGUAAAACGUGACUCACAUCGAUCUUACGGCGAUAGAUCUUCGCGACGUGAUUCGCGCGAUAGGAGUAGAAGACGAGGAAGUGGUCGCUCGAGAUCACGGGAUCGCAGAAGAUCUCGGGACAGGGAUUAUGAUCGUAGGAAUAGUCGUGACAGACGAAAUAGACGAAACUAUUAUCCACGCAGGCGAGAUUCUUAUAGAAUAAAUAGACCAGGCAGAGAAAAUUAUAGAUAUUAUGAUAGACGUAAUGAUUAUAGAAGGACACACAACUCUAAUCCCAAUUACGAUGCAGAUAAGAAUCGAAGAAAGAGUGACAAUAUGUCGGACUCUAAUAAUCAACCGAAAUUUAAACGCCGUUCACGUUCAACUAGUUCUAGUAGUCAACACUCCAAAGACUAAAUUUUUUGUUCUUUUAUUAUUUACGCAACAUCAGGAAAUAUUAUUUAUGAAGCAAUCUACAUCUAUUUACAAUGUUUGCAAAUUCAUUUCUUGUCAGAUUCAUUUCUUGUCCUGAAAUACUUGAUUUUUUGUAUAGAUGGUCUAGCCUCACAUUUGCUAUAAAUUAAAUAAUAUUAACAUCAA